AUUUUGCGACAGGACGUACAAGCACCGGCUCGCCGUCGCUCCCUCAUCUCCGCUGGUAUACAACAGUGCAUCGUUGAGAGAAAAAAGAAAACAAACCCCGUGUGUUUAUGUUACAGCUAACUCGUUAUAAUGUGAUACAAUGCUCCUGUCGUCUGAGACUCAAACACCAGCGUUUUUUAAUGAGGAAGACGACGUCAUAGUGUUGCAUGAGGAAACGUUCCUGACUGGAAUUCACAGCAGACCGACACAAUCAGCAGCUGCAUCUCAGUCCUAGGCUCCUGUAAGAGCCACUUUUUGUUCCACAACCAAAUGAAGCAGCACUCACAGAGGACUCCACUUGUACCUGGGACUCCUGUGCACUGUGCUGGGCUCCAGUAGCCCACCCAUGCCUGUGAUCCCCAUCCCACGGCGGGUGCGCAGCUUCCAUGGCCCCCACACCACCUGCAUGCACUCGGCCUGUGGGUCGACGCACGCUUCCAAGCUAGUGCGCACCAAGUACAAUAACUUUGACCUCUACCUGCGCUCGCGCUGCAUGUACAGCUUCCUCCGUUUCCUGCUCUACUUUGGCUGCAGCCUGCUGACCUCGCUGCUCUGGGUGGCGCUCUCUGCUCUCUUCUUCCUGCAGUACGUCAGCGUGCGCGUGCUCCUGCGGCUGCAGUACAAGCUGUCUGUCAUUCUGCUAUUGUUAGGGCACCGGCGCCUGGAUUUUGGGGUGCUUAAUGACCUGAUCAUCUACAGCAUGCAGAUCACCAUGUUUCUGGUGGGGGGGCUUGGCUGGUGCUUCAUGGUGUUUGUGGACAUGUAGCUGCAAUGUGAGCGACAUGGGAGAUGUAGUGUCCAAUGUGGAUGCUUCACACUGUAACUUCAGCUUUUUGUGUGUGUCAUGGGACAACAUACACCUUCAGCACAUCCUGUAGGACUACUCUGUGUCUCUCUCAGCUCUAGUCAAGAUCCUUUUGAUGUCAACUCAAAAUCUUAUUGGUUUAGUUUUAGUUUUAGCAUCCGACGAGAAUCUUUGGAAAUGUUGGUCCUGUAUAACUCCGAGAGAAACCACCUGGUUGCUGAAUAUCAGAAAUGAUGCAUGAAGUGAGUCUGAACAUGAGUCAGACUUGAGUCAUCAUGUAGGACUCUCAACAGACCAAUAGGGUCAAAAUCCCUCUCAAUUUUAAUCGUAUUUUCAUGCCGUUUGUAAA